AUGAAUGAUAUGAUAAGCAAAUUGCCAGGACAACCAGAUGUUAAUUUCAAGCAAUUUGCUGGAUAUAUUGAAGUGGAUGAAAAUGUUGAUGGUCGAAGUCUUUUUUACUAUUUUGUUGAAGCUGAGAAAGAUCCCUUGACUCAACCCCUCACAAUUUGGUUAACUGGAGUUGUCAAAUCUAUUGUUCAUCGACUCCCUAUUGGAUCCGGAUGGUCAUAUUCAAACUCAAGUAGUGAUUAUAAUAACGGAGAUGACAGCACUAACGGAUAAAAUAUUACUUACAUUCAUACAAAAUGGUAUGAAAAAUAUCCAGUCUUCAAGUCCAAAGAUUUGUAUAUAGCUGGAUCAAGUUUUGCAGGACACUUCGCACCAAAUCUUGCUAAUGCUUUGCUCGACGACAACAAGCAAUUCGAGAAGUCCAAAUUUAAUCUCAAAGGAUUGGUUUUGGGAAACCCAAUGCUUCGUAAAAAGCUAGACGAUAUUGCAAAAAUUGAUUUCUUUUUCUCUCGGGAGAUGAUAAACAGCUCGUUGUAUAACGAAAUCAAGAAAGAAUGCAAUGCCAUUGAUGAAAAUAAUUACUUUUCUAGCAUCAAAACCACUUGGAGCGCAAAAUGUAAAAACCUUGUGUUCGAGGCCGAUUUGGCUGCUUUCAAGACCGAUGCUCAUAAUUACUCCCCGCAGAAGCUAUUUGAUGUCUUUCGCCCUCCUUGCGCUGAAAAUGAGCUAAAUUUGAACUUAACAAAACAUGUUCCUAUAGUUGGCACAGAAGUAGACAUGUGCGUUCCAUUAAGGGUGCAAUUUUACUUUAAUAUCCCUGAAGUUCAAAAAGCUUUCUACGGGAACCGAACCAACUUGUCAUAUAGAAGGCGGGGUUGUUUCACAGCUAAUUUUAAAUACAACGAAGCUGAUAAGGACCUUGACAUGCUUCCUGCUCUUAAAAACCUUCUUCAACAAUCUGUUCCCAUUACAAUAUUCAGUGGAGAUCAAGAUGGUAUAAUACCGACAGAGGGAACCCUACAACAUUUGGAAAAGUUGGCUGAGGAGUUAAACAUCAAGUUAACAAAAGAGGAAACAUGGAGUUUAAGAACCAAGGAAGGAGGGUUGAAGUAUGAGUUUGGAGACUUACUAAAAUUCUUAACGGUGAAAGGAGGUAAUCAUCAUGUUACAUCUUCUCGACCAUCUCAAGCUUUCUCUAUUUUCUCAACUUUCGCAAUUAAUUGGAUGCACUGA